GGACAAUGAGAUUUUUCAACAGCGUUAUAAUUCGUGCGAUCGUGAUCAAGUGUACAUGAGCGAAAGCUGCAUGCAAAUCAAGCCGUGUUUAAUGUUUUUUUUCCCCCUCGUAUAGCUCGAGUGAUUCGGUGAUUUUUUGAUUUCCUAACUGUGUGAACAGUACAGCAGUAAUGGCUAAUCUUUUCAGAAACAAACAACUGUCACUGUUACCCAUCAGUCUGGUUUACACUGGCUUGAUUUUAAAUAUCGGAAUGUUUACAUUUAACGUAGUUUAUCCGCUUGACGGAUAUCUGCAAAAUAAGCAGAUCGUGAUGUCGUCCAAUUCAAUCCAGCAAAGAAAUGUUGACGUCUUUACGGCGGAAAAUGAGGAACCACCAGAAAAUCAAAGACUCAAUCAGUGUGUGUCUAUGAAUCGUGAGCUUCUUAAUUAUAUGGCACCUAACUUGUACAACACUUCUUAUCCCGGAGUAGAGAAUUAUACGCUGUUUGCUGUUGCCCGUUUGGGUUUGCCACCAUUGAAACACGUUGAACCGCUGAAGCCGGAAUACGGUCCAGUGAUUAACGACGUAACAUCAUUUAAUUAUCCGAUUAGUAUUCCACCGUGUCGGAAUGUGACGAAUGCUGCUAAUCGGACAGUGUUUGUAGCUGUCGUAUCUGCUCCAGACAAUAUCGAGAAACGGGGCGUGAUCCGCGAAACGUGGCGAGUUCAUUUAAUGGAAGAGAAUAAUUUGUUCCUAGGAGGUUUCGCUUUCUUUCUCGGACGAACAGAAAACAAUGCGACACAAAGUAAAAUAGAAGAAGAAAGCAAGAUUCACGAAGACAUUAUUCAAAUAGAAAUGUUGGAUACUUACAGAAACUUGUCUGUUAAAGUGGCUGGCCUCUUUAAUUGGCUUCACAGAAACUGUGCUAAAAUCGAUUUCGUAUUGAAAGUAGACGACGAUGUCUACGUCAAUGUUCGCAAUCUCGUUCAUUUCGCCCAAUUAUCGCCAUACGAUCAUUAUUCCAAUAAGAGCAUCUUUGGUAUUCCUGGCUUCUUUUCUCCUAAUCGAGUCGGUAAAUGGGGAAUAUCAUACCAAGAAUGGCCCUGGAAUCAAUACCCUCCGUAUAUAAUGGGACCGUCUGUGCUGAUACCUGGAGGUACAAUCAUUCCGCUGUUGGCUGCUUUCCAGACGACACCAAUGAUCCCAUUUGAUGAUGUUUACUAUACUGGAAUUUGUACAGAAAAAGCUGGAAUUAAAACUCGUUUUUCUAUCAGAGACACAGCGGUUCUUUCAAUGCUAUGGGGAAAGCCCCACCAUGUCCCCGAUCCUUGCGGUCUACGUAAAUUCCUUUCAUGGUUGACGAGGACCGGCAAUCAAAUGAAAAAGUUACAUGUAGUAACCGAUCAUUACUACCACGACAGGUCCAAGUGCAUCGUCCCUGGUGUCAACGGUAUCAAGAAAAUUAUCAGCCACCAUGAACCUGUCCAUUUUUACUUUAAUUAGGCGUUAUUAGUUUAUGAGCGAUCUGUUUUUAUAAUUUCAUGACCGUUAAUGCAGAUUAUACAAUGUCAGUAUUUUAAAAUUCCCCUAUUGCUCAAAAGCUACACACUUUGAAAAAAAAAGUGUCAAUAAAAAAACUUCCAAAUAAAAGCAGAAGAAAAUAUAAAUGCUGUUACCUUGGUUUUGCUGUUUUUUUCUCCUCCCAUACCAGGACUGGUUACAAAAUUCCUGAUAUGAGUAGUUGUUGUCAAAGCAAACCAAAAGUUGAUUUCAAGAGUUCACUGCAAAACAAUCGUACCUUGUUUUCAAUGUCAACAGUGUCGCUGAACGAGCAAGCUAAUUUCCACCUCUCCCCGAACGUCCGAUGUAUAUAUUUGUUGUCAAACAGGUCUGUGUGUACCCCGUACAUAAAAUGUGAUUAGAUGUUUUUAUUCUUCGA